AUCCCUCAGGCCUAAGAUCGGUUUUUCGGGCGGUUUCUUUAUAUGGAAAUAUUGGCUGGUAUUCCGGUUUUUGAUGGGCAGCAAUAGUGCUUCGGGCCAUAUAUAAGCAUUUUGACUUGAUUUUUAGCGAGAGUCUCGUUGUGUUCACUGUUAGCUGCAACUGAGACAAGGAAGUGCAGUUAUCUGAGAUGGCCGACGAUCUAGCAUCAAGAAGUUUAGCACUGGUUAUCUUCGAAGGCUCCUCUUUGGUCGUUUUAAACAUCCUCUCACUGGCAGGAAAUAUUAUGGUAUGCUUAUCUGUUUACAGAAAUCCAAGAUUACGCACCCCCACGAAUCUUUAUAUCAUAGCAUUGGCUGUGAGCGACUUGCUCUCCGCUGUCUUUGUGAUGCCUCUCAGUGAAAUAAUACUCUUCACAGGAAAAUGGUUGCUUGGAGAAACCAUUUGCCAAUUUCACGCCUUCAUGAGUAUCUUCGUCAUCUACGUCUCACCGGCAACCAUGGGUUUAACAGCUGUGAACCGAUAUGUUCGUAUGUGCAAACCAAACACAACCUACCAGAAAAUAUUUUCACCCAGAAAGUCUCGUUUAUGGGUGCUCUCCCUCUGGUUCUUUGUGGCUUGUUACAUCGCAAUUCCAAGACUGGCCAAAUUGCAAGACUUUGAGUUUGUGCCUGGCUAUGCGCAAUGUUCUCUCAAACACCUUGGGGAAAGUGCCAAGUUCAUCCACUACAUAAUAGUUUUAACACUUUUUCUUGUCAUCCCUUUGGUUGCCACAACUUUUGGCUACUCGAGAGUUCUAAAAGUUGUUCGUCAACAUCUGACAGGGAUUUCUCCCGCGUUGAGAGGACUCAGAGGGAACGACGCGCGCAUUUCCAUUCAAGAAAUUCGACUGAGCAGGAAUGAAUUCUACAUUCAGGAGCGAGUUUCGCCGUAUCUUAUCUUCUGGGUCGAUGACUGUCUCCGCAUGCACACAACCACAAAUUGAACAAGAAGAAUAUGAACUUGGCCCAGUGACGUCCAAGUAGGAA